AUGGACAUGGAGCAUUUCAUACAGACAGUGCGCAAAUACCCCUGUCUGUGGAACACCACGUCCCUGCAAUACCGGGAUCAAGAGCUCAAGGACGCCGCUUGGGGUGAAGUGGUUAAAGAGACCGGCCUAUCUUCAGUAAAGGAAGUGAAGUUGAAAUGGAAGAAACUGCGUGACAGCUAUCGCGAUGCCUUGAAAAGACAGAGUGAGUUGCACAUCAAGGACCCCAAUGGCACGAAGAAGAAUUGCGUGUGGAAGUACAUGAGCCACAUGCAGUUCCUGCAGCCGCACAUGAACGCCCGCAAAAGGCUGCUCGUAGCCGAGGAACGAGUCGAGCAGGCCGAGCAGCCCGAGCAGAAUGAGCAGGGUGAGCAAACUCGCAACGGACACGAGCAGGCGAGAUCUAGCGAGGAGAGUGAAUCUUCGCGUGAAUCGUCACCGCGCCGCGCAACCGGGAGGCGAUCCUCACAGUUGUCAGGUAUAGGACGUAAGUUGGAUUACUUAUGCAAAGCGGCGGCCGCGCGACGCCACGGCCCACCGCCCCAAAGGACAUCAAUGCCAGACCCGCUCGACAUCUUCUUCAACAGCAUGUGCCAGUCCACGAAACGGUUUCCGUACCCCACGCAGAUCCGUAUAAAAAAGGCACUUUUUAACGCCGUUAUUGAAGCAGAGGAGUCCCUGGUCGCGGAGCAGCAAAACUAUGCGGCUCUGUGGGCGUUAGGUGGUAACAGCUCAUCUAGCAGCGAGGCAGCAGCGCGGCCUGAUGGGCAGGGUGAUGGGGAGGGGGAAGAGAACGAGGACGUUAAGCCAUUCUUGUGA